AUUGUCAACCCCCGUCCCCCUUCUACUCCGAAAUACUCUCAAAGACCUUUUAUCUAUUUUUCGAUUUUUUACUCCAUUCUCACAUCCUCCCCUCUCGGUAUGUCUCACCCCGACCUUCCAUUCUGUUCUUUCUUGCUCUCUACUCUCUUUUCUCCAAUAUUACAUACGUAAACGGGCGCUGUAUUGAGCGCGUUAAGUCCAGAGACGGUCGCGUUUUAAGCGCAGAAACUCUCAAUAGAUAGAAGGAGUAGCGGUAUUUUUUACGUGCGGUUCAAAUUAGGAGAUAGAUAGACAAAAGAAUAGAUAGAGAAACAGAUAGAUAGAUAGAUAGAUAGAUAGGUACAAAAACGUGUACAGUUUUGGGUAAUAAACCGUUACAGCGGUUCAUCUCAGUGUCCAACUCAUAUGUGAUCUCAAACUACUUUUCGUUUUUUAAAAAUUAUAAGUUUUAAUUUUUAAAAUUUAAAUUUUAGUGGUGAAUAUUUGUUAUAAAUUUAUAUUUUAAUUGUUUGCACAGAAAUAGUACAAAAAUGUCGACGAAGGGUAGCAUUAAAAAUGGUAAAGGAUCGUACGAUUCAUUGGCUAUUAACAAUGCCGACAAUAAAGAAGAUAAUGGUGAAAUAAAACUGGAAGCUAAAAUGUCACUUCUUAAUGGGAUAACAGUAAUUGUUGGUUCAAUUAUUGGUUCAGGAAUUUUUGUUAGUCCUACGGGUGUUAUUAUGCACACAGGAAGUACUAAUGUUGCUCUUAUUGUUUGGACCGCAUCAGGAAUAUUUUCAAUGGUCGGAGCUUAUUGUUACGCAGAAUUAGGAUGUAUGAUUAAAAAAUCUGGAGCAGAUUAUGCAUAUAUAAUGGAAACAUUUGGACCAUUUGCAGCAUUUGUACGUCUUUGGGUUGAAUGCAUGAUUGUUCGACCUUGCAGUCAAGCAAUUGUUGCACUGACAUUUAGUAUUUACGUUCUUAAACCAUUCUUUCCGGACUGUCCACCUCCACAAGAUGCUGCAAGAUUACUUGCUGUUGUUUGUAUAUGUACACUGGCAUUUGUAAAUUGCUGGGACGUUAAAUGGGCAACAAGAGUUCAAGAUGUUUUUACGUAUGCAAAAUUACUAGCUCUACUGGUAAUCAUAAGUGCUGGUGCAUAUCAACUUUUCAAAGGGCACACUGAGCAUUUUAGUUUUGACGGUACAAAAACGGAAGUUACGUCAAUAGCUCUUAGUUUUUAUUCUGGUUUAUUUGCUUACAAUGGAUGGAAUUACCUGAAUUUUAUAAUCGAAGAACUCAAAGAUCCUGUUAAAAAUCUCCCGAGGGCUAUUGCCAUUUCAUGUACUCUCUGUACAGUCGUUUAUGUCUUGACCAACGUUGCGUUUUACACGACAUUAAGUCCUAAAGAAGUACUGUCUAGUGAAGCUGUCGCUGUUACAUUUGCGAAUAAUCUUUUUGGUAUGAUGGCCUGGACGAUACCGGUAUUCGUUGCCCUCUCGACAUUUGGCGCCGUCAAUGGAAUACUCUUGACUUCAUCACGAUUAUUUUAUGCGGGUGCUUGUGAAGGACAAAUGCCGGAAAUUCUUACGAUGAUACAAACUUCGAGAUUAACUCCUGCUCCUGCAGUCAUUUGCAUGGCACUUUUAUCAAUGUGUUAUUUAACUUCGUCAAAUAUUAAUGGUUUAAUAAAUUACGUUGGAUUUGCAACUUGGUUAAGUAUAGGGGUAUCAGUUUUAUGUGUACCUUGGCUAAGGUGGGCUCAACCAAAUUUACCACGACCAAUUAAAGUAAACUUGAUAUUCCCAAUAUUUUACAUCCUGGCUACUCUGUUUGUUACGAUUGUACCAAUGUGGGCAAGUCCUGUUGAAACAGGAUACGGUUGUCUUAUGAUAUUUUCCGCUGUACCUGUAUACCUGUUGUUUAUUUCUUGGAAAUCAAAACCGAAAUGUUUCACCAAUGCAGUUGGCGCAGUCACUCAAUGUUUCCAGAAGACAAUGAUAGUCGUUGGACCAAAGUCUCAGUAGGGACUACGAGGCUGAUGCAGAAACUGAUGGUGGUCGUAGGCAAAUCGAAACCUGCUCAAGUGUAAAUUUAAAACGGCCUCAAAUACAACUUCCUACGCACUACUUAAUUAAUUAAUUUAUUAAUUGAUUAUCUGCAUUUUUUAAAUAAGAAAAAAAUUUUUUUUUUCUUAUAAACAACCGUGUAAAAAAAUUCGUUACAAAAAAGUUCAUGACAGUGAACUUCCAAAUUUGAGAUAAUUCUGAGCUUUAAGUUGAACAUUUUUUAAACUUUGAAAAAAUUAUAAACUGAAUAAUUUUCGACUGGGCUUUUCUGGAGCGUUUUUUUUUAUUUUUCGAGGAAAAAUAAUUUGAUCUGACAAUUUUUUGAUGAUUUAGAUUUUAUGAUAUCUAUUUGUAGGUAUAGAUAUGUAUGUAAAAAGUGAAUAGCUGGAAUCGGAGACAUUGGGAAAGCCACAAAAAAGUUUUUUUGAACAUCAUCAAAAACAAAUGCAAUUGUAAAAUUUUAUUUGAGUAUGAAGAUAAGAAAUUUUUUUGGUUUAGGCAUAUAUAUAGUCAUGAAAAUUAAAGCUUAUUUAAAGAGCUUUCAGAUGCAUUUUGAAGAAAUUCGAUGUUGUCACAUUUAAAAGUUAUUGAAGAAAAAAUCACUAAAAAUAUGAAUUUUUGAAAUUCUAUAACUUCUAAAUUAAUUGACCAAUUCUACUCAUCUUCGAACUUGAUUUUAAAAAUUCUCUACAGAAAAUGUGUGCUGAGUUUCAUUGAUAUCAGUUAGAAAUUGUGAACGCUAUCAUCGUGACAAGCUGCGUUCUAUCGUAUAAGUAUAUAUUUACAUAUAUAUAAACUUUUGAACCGUAUGUAUUUUUCUUGACUCAGCUCGACGAGGUAGCAAAAUUUUUCAAAAAUUCUGUCAUGAAGAGAAAUGCAAUAGUUAGAUUUCUAUGAAAUUUACUAAAAAAAAAAUUAUAAAAACUUACGACUCUGACCAAAUUAUUCAAGUUUGAGACAAAAAAAAAUGAUUUGAAAAUAUUUAUUAAAAAUUUUUGACUUUUAUUAAACUUUUUGGGAAGAUCAGUUUUUUUCACAUUUUGACUGUUCAAAAAUUAAGUGAUUGGAACUAAUUCUGAACUUACAAAAUUGUUAAUUCAAAUCAUUUUUGUUUAAAAAAUUAAAAAAAAAAUAUAAACCCGCAAGGAAAGUCCACACUAAUUAAAAAAAUUUGUACACUUCUAAUUAUUUUAAAGUUCCAAAAAUGUUAAACUUAAAAUUCAAGAUUGUUUCAAUUUUUGAAUUUCCCUGUCAGGAACGUUUUUGGAACUAAUUUUUUUUAUACAGACAAUGCAUUUAGCGAUAUAUUUUUUUAAUUACUUAUGAGCUUAAUUAUACAUCAACAAUUCAUUAAAAAUCCUUCGAUAGAUAUAAAAUACCAGCCAUAUAUAUACAUAUUAGUCGAACGAUUGGUAUUAAUAGCAGUCUGCUUUUAAAAUAUAAUUAAUUUUAAAAUAACAAUAAUGAUAAAUACUUUAUUUUAUUUAAUUGUAUUGACUGAAGAAGUGAUAUAUUGUAAGCAAAUGUUAAAUAACAAGUAUGUUAAAUCACUUCAUCUUAAAACGCAUAACUUUAUGAGAUUAUUAAUGUAUUCUUAAGUGUUCUAAUUAAAGUUAUAAUUACAAUUACUCAGAUAAAAACAAAACAAAGCAAAAAAAAAAAAAUAACAAUAAUACAUAUUAUGACAAUUUACUGCCAGCAAAACAGAAUUAAGAAAGUCCAUCAUGCGAAAGAGGCGAUUAAAUGUAUGUGUAUAUCAUUUAUAUAUUUCUGUUGAUAUGUUACUUAUCUAUUUCAGAGUUCAUCAUAUUAACACAUAUCGUUAUUGUUAUUUUUUUUAAAAAAUAAACUAAAAAAUAAAUAUUUUUUAUCUGAUUGAUCUAUAAAAAUAAAAAUAGAAAAUGAUGAGCGAGUGAGUGAGAAAAAAAAUCAUUUAGAAGUUUAGAGAGUGCCUACAAAGUAUAUUCUUGUAAAUCAGUUCUUAAUUUAUAUAAAUAAUAAACAAUACGUACGUAGGUA